CGAAAUGUGUAAACAAGAUUGGAGGUCAACUAUUUUUCUAGUAUUAUAUGGACUUUCUCAUAUCCUCGCUUGUGACUUACCACCGGAGAUUGAAAAAUGCAAAGCAGGCGAUCAUGUAUGCAUUACCCAAAGAAUAAAUGAUGUAAUACGUCUUUAUCCCGAAGGAAAUUCCCUUUUUAAGAUGCCAAGUUUAAAGUUGAUAACAUUCGAUCGAUUGGAAGCGACCAAAACAGCUAGCAAUACGCCCUUACAAUUGAAAUUCCAACUUUUCGACAUUAAAUUAAGCGGUUUGGAUAAUGCAAAGGCCUUAAGUACCAAAGGCUUUGAAAAGAAUACUCAAUAUCAUGAAAUUGAGUUUCAAGUACCAAUUUUGAAAAUAAUGGCUCGCUAUGAAAUUGACGGUAAACUGCUGCUGCUACCAAUGAAAGGGAAUGGUAAUGGAGAGUUUAUAUUAAAAGAUGUCCACAUCACAAGCAAACAUAAAUUUAUUUUGGAAAAGCGUGACGGCAAAAAUUACAUAAAAACGGUUACGUUCUUAACCUCCUUAGAACCUGGAAGUGUAACAUUUAAAUUUGAAAAUUUAUUUGGUGGCAAUAAGGAAUUGACCGAUGCAACGAAUAAAGUCUUAAGUGAUAAUUCGCUAGAUGUGUGGAAUGCGAUGGGUGAACAAUUUAGCAACGGACUAGGUCAACUCUAUCGUAAAAUUCUGACACCUGGAAUGGAAUGUUUAUCCUAUGAUGAUUUCUUUAUAGAUUAAAUUUUAUUGUUUUUGAUUUUGUAAUAACAAUUUUUGUUACAAUGGGAU